CCUCUUCCCUGCUCGCCGGCGCCUGGCGCUCAGGAAAUCGCGUCAGCAUCUGCCCUCCUUGUUGGGGCGGCGUGAAAAAGUCAGCCUGCCCGCUAGUUUGCUAGCAAGGUCUCGCUGUGCUGUAGCUGGCGUCGGAGCCGCGUUGAUGAAGGGCGAGCGUCUGCCCGCGCCGCGUCCGCUUGUUUUCCCCAAAGGGUCGGAGAUCGGAAGGUCAAGGGAUAGAGGAUCCGGCGCAUCGGGAGUUUUUGGAGAGGUUUCGGCUAGAUAUUUCGAAAGGACAUCUUUAAAGCGUUUCCCGAAGUUGAUCCUCCACUGGUAUCGUCGCUGGAAAAAAGAAAUAUUUUGUAAAAAUUGAAGCUUCAGCAAUUUGCAUUCCAGCCUCGUGUUCAUAUAAUUGGAAAUAAAUCUAAUUAAUUCAGUGACAUUUACUCCCAGCUCAUGAGCCUGAAUUUAUAUUGUAGAUCAUGGAUGAUACCGCAUUGUCACUUGGAACAAUAGAUGUUUCCUAUUUGUCAUCUUCAGCAGAAUGCACUGUCACAAGAUGUAAACAUUCCAGUGAAGAAUGGGGAGAAUGCAAUUCUAGGCCUACUGUUUUCCGAUCAGCCACUUUAAAAUGGAAAGAGACUCUUCUGGGCAGGAAUAGGCCAUUUGUGGGACGCUGUUGUUACGUAUGCACACCUCAGAGCUGGGACAAGCUUUUUAAUACUAGUAUCCCUUCUUUGGGUCUGCGAAAUGUCAUCUAUAUUAAUGAGACACAUACACGGUAUAGAGGUUGGCUUGCUCGGCGGUUUUGUUAUACUCUUUUUGUGCAAGAGCGGGAUGUUCAAAAGAGCAUGUUUGCAAAUAAUGUGAUGGAAAAUGUACUGAAUAAUAACCGAGUGCAGAAUGCUAUUAUACAGGAGGCUUCAGAAUUAGCUGUAAAUGGUGCUGAUCAGCUGGAAUCUAGAAAUAUUAACAGAAUCAAGAAGAAAGCUAGAAGGAUCCUUCAAGAAAUGGUAGCAAAUGUCUCUCCUUCUCUGAUUAGGUUAACAGGUUGGGUUUUAUUGAAAUUAUUUAAUAGCUUUUUUUGGAAUAUCCAGAUUCAUAAAGGCCAACUAGAGAUGGUGAAAGCAGCAACUGAGCUAAAUUUGCCUCUUGUCUUCUUACCUGUUCACAAAUCUCACAUUGACUACCUACUUCUCACAUUCAUUCUUUUCUGCCACAAUAUCAAGGCACCCUACAUUGCAGCCGGAAAUAAUCUGAAUAUUCCUUUUUUCAGCACCUUAAUCCACAAACUUGGAGGUUUUUUUAUUAGAAGAAAAUUAGAUGAGAGACCUGAUGGCCGAAAAGAUAUUUUGUACAGAAUGUUACUGCAUGUGCAUAUUGAAGAGUUGCUUCGACAGCAGCAAUUCUUAGAGAUAUUUCUGGAGGGGACACGGUCCAGGAGUGGCAAAGUAGCCCAUGCAAGGGCAGGUCUUUUAUCAGUGGUGGUAGAUGCUCUGUGUUCAAAUGCUGCUCCUGACGUACUAAUUAUACCUGUGGGAAUCUCCUACGACAGAAUAAUUGAAGGUCACUAUGCUGGUGAGCAGCUGGGAAAGCCCAAGAAGAAUGAAAGCCUAUGGAGUGUAGCCCGAGGGGUCUUUCGAAUGUUACGAAAGAAUUAUGGAUGUGUUAGAGUAGAUUUUGCUCAGCCAUUUUCUUUAAAAGAAUAUUUAGAUUGCCAAAAUCAAAAACCUUUGCCUGUUCCUCUUUCUUUGGAGCAUACUCUGUUACCAGCUGUACUGUCUUCAAGGCCUAACUACAUAGUGGGAGAAAGUUCAGAAACUGCCCUUCCUGAUUCCAAGGAUUUAUCUUGUGAACCACUGAGAAGACAAUUAAUAGCUAACUUGGCAGAGCACGUAAUGUUCACUGCCAACAAAUCAUGUACUGUGAUGUCAACACACAUUGUUGCCUGUUUGCUGCUCUACCGACACAGACAGGGAAUUGAUCUUUCUAAACUGGUGGAAGAUUUCUUUUCGAUGAAGGAGGAGGUCUUGGCUCGGGACUAUGACUUGGGAUUUUCAGGGAAUUCUGAAGAUGUUGUCAUGCACGCUAUCCAUUUGUUGGGAAACUGCAUAACCAUCACAAACACCAGUCGGAAUAAUGAGUUCUUCAUCACUCCCAGCACAACUGUUCCUGCUGUCUUUGAACUCAGCUUUUAUAGCAAUGGGAUACUGCAUGUCUUCUUCAAAGAGGCUGUCAUCGCAUGUAGUCUUCAUGCUUUACUGAACAAAAGGCAUAGAAAUGGUAUCAGUGGGAUUCUACCCAAUGUGGUUAGUCAAGAACAACUGGUCCGAAAAGCUGCCAGCCUCUGUUAUUUGCUGUGUUAUGAAGGAACUGUUUCAUUGCCCUGUCAGCUGUUAGGUCAAGUGUGCCAUGAAGCAAUUGAACAGUUCAUACAAUAUGGAGUUCUUUUAGUAGCAGAGCAGGAAGAACAGGAAGAUAUUAGUUCUCGGCUUACGGAGCAAAACUGGGAAAAGAGUAUUCCGGAGCCAUUGUCUUGGAAAAGUGAUGAGGAGGAUGAAGACAGUGAUUUUGGUGAAGAACAACGAGAUUGCUACUUGAAGGUGAGUCAGUCACAGGAACACCAGCAAUAUAUCUCCUUCCUGCAGAAGCUUCUAGGGCCAUUACUGGAGGCAUAUAGUUCAGCCGCCAUCUUCAUCCAUAAUUUCAGUGGACCUGUCAGGGAAACAGACUGUCUUCAAAAAUUACACAAAUACUUAGUAUCAAGAACAGAAAAGAAUGUUGCAGUUUAUGCUGAAAGUGCCACCUAUUGUCUUGCAAAAAAUGCAGUUAAAGUGUUUAAAGACAUGGGGGUAUUUAAGGAGACAAAACAGAAGAGAGAGAACAUUUUGGAACUAAGCAGUACUUUUCUACCUCAUUGUAAUCGGCAAAAACUACUGGAAUUUAUUCUGAGUUUUAUUGUACUUUAGAAUAUCUCCCAACUUCUCCUAGUAGACUUGGACAAUGCAAUGCAACGCUUCAGGAUUUGGUUCUGCUUCCACUGUAUCAGUAGUGCCAUUUUUGGCAAGGCCUUAUCUGACCCAAGCCAUAAGAAGACAAGUGCCUUCUUACAUAUGCACAUAUGGGACUACAAUAUUUAGAAUUCAAACACAUUGCUAGUAUCCAACAUAUUUAGUGAAUGUUUGCACAAACCCCUGAGUUUUUCCAUAAAUUUGUAUCAAGUAUUACGGUUUUACAUUGCAAAAUACUACUUGUACUUCAAAACUAAUGACUGACAAAUGCACCUAUCUGCCAGAUUUGAACUGCAUAAAAUAUUUUGAUUACUAUGUGAACUUUACAAAAGCUCUGUCAGUAUAACUACUUCAUUGUAUUCAGUACUGUAAAUGAAUGGUUUUUAGGAAAAUUGAAUGGGGGAAGGUGUCAGAAAGGACAUAUAAUAUUUUAUUCUACUAAUAUAAUGGUAACAUAGUAAACAAUAAUAGCAAAGUAGUCACCAGGAUCUAAUUAAAAUUAGUUGAACAGAAAACAGCCUGCACAAAGUGUGAUCCAAGUAACAAAAUGAGUAUAAAAUGUAUCAAUCUUUCUAACAUAAGAAUUCAAAAUUUAUUAAAUUGGUGCACUAAAGAAAUAGAUGACACGAAUUUAUCCCCCAAAGUUCUAAAAGCUUUUCCUGAUGAGCAUUUAAAUUUUAGUCCUCAUGUUUUCCUCGCAAGCACUUGGAACUCAGAUGUAAGUUUGGCUUAAGCUAUGCCAGUGGUGCUUUUGCAAAAGCAGCUGGACUUCUGAAGAAUUGAAGAAGCUUCUUGAAUGAAGAGCAAAAUGUUUUCAAGGAAAAACUAGGAAAAUCCAGUUGCCUUUUGGAAAAGCCCCUUUUGGGACAACCAUGACCUGGAUGAUUGAGAAUCUCCAUAGAUAUCUGGCUUAAAUUGAUGAAAUAACCUAAUAAAUACAUUAUCUCAUUCUAAUCUUGAUUGAUUUUGAAUGGAAGAUGUUUUGCUAUCAUAAAGUUUUACAAGCUAUAUUGCUGAAACAUGAGUGAUUUGAACUAUGAGAUUAUGAUGAUAACAUAAAUUGCAAGCAAUGUAUUAUUGGUAAUCUUAUAGAAGGCAAUAACUUCCAAGCUGCAUUACAAAAUGAGCUCUACAGACUCAUACACAGUAUAUCAGGAAAAGCAAUAAUGACAUUUAUUUUUAAGAGAGAUACCUUGUUGCCUUAGCCCUUGAAGAAACUUUGUCACUGAAGUAUUAAUAGUAUUUCUCAAAUUCAUUUUUUCAUUUCUUAUGUGGAGUUGAGAAAUAGUUUGAUUAUGAAAAUCCAUGUUUCCUUCCUUUUUAAAAAAAAUAAAUGCCUGAGUACUCCUCCACAUUUAUGAAGCUUGGAUUUUCUAUAAAUGUAUUUAUUAAUUAAAACAUUAGGAUGUUUUUCGGUAUUAUCCUGCAGUUCUGAAUGAUGGGAACAACUAUGCAAAUUUGUCAUCAUAAAACAGGUGCUUUAAAACAUAUUAAGAUAAAUAUUUGAACCAAAGUUGCAUCUGAUCAAUAACAGCAAUAGUCAGAAACCCUGACUUAAUUUGUUGCUUUUAUGGCAGGAUAGCAACUGAAAUAAAAUUCACUUGUUCUAUUAGUCAUAACUAUAUGGGGCAAUUAUUUUCUUGUUGCUUGUUUGAACUAUUCAUGAAACCUGAAUGUAUUUUGAAUAGCAAUUUUUAAAGACUGAUUCCAAUUUAGGUCAGAUAACAGGUGCUUGUAAAUAAAUAAUUUCCUGUAGUUUCACUGUAGUUCAGUAAACAUCCAUUGUAUUAGUAGAAUUAAGAUUAUGUAUUAAUAGAUCCAAGCAAUAUAUUAUAAAUGACAUUUUGCUCAUUUUAAUUAAAAUGUGUCUAAUUUAAAGAAAUGAGGGGCUAGGAAUUAGUUUGGACAAUAGAAACUAAUUGCUAGUUAUCAUUUCAUGGGGGUAACUUAUUAACAUUAUUAAAAUGUUUAGCUAAUAGCAGUGUUCAUUUGAAUUGAAGAGAUAUGCAAUGUAUUGUAACUACUGAAUAUGAAAAUAGGGUUUAAGUGUUAUAAACAGAGACUUUGCUUGUACAGAAACGUCAAUCUGAAUGUUGUUCACUGGCAGAAGUCUGUGGCAUGGAUGUAGCAUGCACCUAGCAAUACACCUAGCUUGGCAUUUCCAUGAAGGUAAAAUACAGAUCUUUACUGGAAAGCUGCUAAAUAGAAUGCUUCUUUUGUAGGAUAUUAUUUUCAAAUCUCAUGUUCAUCUUCUAAGGCAGAAUCUACAUUUUUCAAUCCUAAAAUAAUGUAUGGUUCCUAAUUCUGCUUGUAGAACAUCCAAAAUAGAUACUGAAAUGUAUUAUGUUGACAACUUACUGAAAAUAAUAUAAAUAAUAUGGUGAUCUGAAGGACAACAUUCUAUGUAUAUUUGUUUGUUGUGUAGAAUGAAUAAAAUUACUUUUCAGAUCUCCAGUGAUU